UUUCUUCCUGCCUGGCUGUUUAGAGAGACUCCCUAAACCGCACGCCCGAGAGCACACUGAAUUGUGAAUCCAAACAGCCGGAGCAGCAGCAGCAGAUAGACAUGGACUGAGAAAGGGGGGAGGGGGGUAGUGGGAGAUAAAGAGUGAGAGAGAGAGAGCGAUGAAAACCAUGCUUAGCGAGAGAGAGGCGCUCACAUUGAAGCAGGCAACAGCUACAGCAACAGCCCGCUCCUCACCCAUCCUCUUUUUCCUCUCUCAUAAUCCCACAUCCACGCCGGGGGAGAUGGAGGGCGCCCUGACCCGCUGAGGAGCACUGUUUGAAGGAGAGGGAAAUCUCCCCCCCCCACCCACCACCCCCUCCGGCGAGUGCCUGGAUCAUAUCUUUGGACAAUAACCAACAAGGAGUGAAAGGAGGUGUGUAAGCAAACGAGGCUGCCGGCGGAGGAAGGGAGUAGGAGAGAAAGAGGAGGAUGAGUGACAGGUUUAGUACAGAUGCCAGGCUCUGAGAGUGAGGCGGAGACAGACUGAGGAGCGGAGGACCGGCACGUGUGGAGCAGCGUCUGCAACUUGUGGUGCCAAGAGGAGAGGAAAAUAGAUUUACCUACGCACACAGCUGGACAGAUGAGGAGGCAUCAGGGACCACGCUUCAGUCCUGGGUGUAUGGUGCACUGACCCUGCCUGUGACAGGCGAGGAGUCGGAGGACCAGGGCCAUGAUUGGCUCCCCUGGCCCUGGUGUGCGUGCCUUAGUGCCAUGGCCGAGGGUGUGGGGAUGGGUCCUGGUUUCUUCUCUGGUUGCCAUAAUAACCUUGACACUUCCAGGAAGUAGCCAGGCCUGUCCGCCACGGUGCGAGUGUUCGGCUCAGCUGAGGUCGGUGUCGUGUCAGCGCCGGCGGCUCACCAACAUCCCAGAAGGCAUCCCCACAGAGACACAACUCCUGGACCUCAGCAAGAACCGGCUCCGCUGGGUGCAAGCAGGCGACCUGGCACCGUACCCACGGCUCGAGGAAGUGGACCUCAGCGAGAACCUCAUCGCCACAUUAGAGCCCAAUGCCUUCGCCAGCCUCCCGAGUCUUAAAGUGCUGAAGUUGAGGGGGAACCAGCUGAAGCUAGUUCCCAUGGGGGCUUUCGCCAAACUGGGCAAUCUGACCAGCUUGGACCUGAGCGAGAACAAGAUGGUGAUUUUAUUGGACUACACCUUCCAAGAUCUGAGGAGUCUGAAACAUUUGGAGGUGGGAGACAACGACCUGGUUUAUAUCUCCCACAAGGCAUUCUCAGGGCUGCUGGGUCUGGAAGAUCUCAUAAUAGAGCGCUGCAACCUGACAUCCAUAUCUGGCCAGACGCUGUCGUACCUGCGCAGCCUGGUGACGCUUCGCCUCCGUCACCUCAGCAUCAUUGCCCUGGAGGACCAGAACUUCCGCAAGCUCUCCAACCUGCGGGGCCUGGACAUCGAUCACUGGCAGUACCUGGAGUACAUCUCCCCUUUUAGUUUCCAGGGCCUGGACCUCCGCUGGCUCUCCAUCACCAAUACCAACAUCACCUCUGUCCCCUCCGCUUCCUUCAAGAACCAGGUGCACCUCACCCACCUCAACCUGUCCUACAAUCCCAUCACCACACUGGAGCCCUGGGCCUUCAAGGACCUGCUGAGGCUGAAGGACCUCAUCAUGGUAAGCACAGGGUUGGUGACAGUGGAGCUCCAUGCCUUCGGAGGUCUUCGACAGAUCCGGGUCCUCAACUUCUCCUCCAACGACCUGCAGACUUUGGAAGAGGGCUCCUUCCACUCUGUGAACAGUCUGGAGACCCUCAGAGUGGACGGGAACCCCCUGAUGUGUGACUGCCGUCUGUUGUGGAUCCUGCAAAGACGCAAGACCCUCAACUUUGACGGCAGAGUGCCGGUGUGUGCGGGGCCGGUGGAGGUGCAAGGGGUCAGCCUGAACACCUUCACCGAUUCUGCACUCUUCGAUCACUUUACAUGCCAGAAACCUAAGAUUCGCAACCGUAAGAUGCAGCAGGUCGUUGCUCGUGAAGGCCAACCUGUGAGCUUUCUGUGUCGAGCUGAAGGAGAACCUGCACCUGCUAUUAUCUGGAUUUCCCCACAGCGCCGGCGGAUCACAGCUAAGAAUUCAGGGCGCAUUACUGUCCUCCCGAGUGGCACCUUAGAGAUCCGCUACGCCCAGCUCACUGACAGCGGUACAUACAUCUGCAUCGCCAGUAACGCCGGAGGCAAUGACACCUACUUUGCCACACUCACAGUGCGCGGCCACCCGCUAGAUUCUGCCUCAGCCUUCUUUCUCAACCGCUCACUGUACGGCGGCGAGUUCUUCAACGACACAAAUCUGAACAGCACGCGUGUUUUCCUCAAGUUCACGUUGGACCUGACGACCAUCUUGGUCUCCACGGCCAUGGGCUGCAUCACCUUCCUGGGGGUAGUGCUCUUCUGUUUCCUGCUGUUGUUCGUGUGGAGCCGGGGACGCGGCCAACGCAAGAACAACUUCACAGUGGAGUACUCCUUCCGGAAAUCUGAACCUGUCACUGGUAGCUCCUCAGGAGGGACCAGGAAGUUCAACAUGAAAAUGAUAUGAAACAACGCAGCCAGGGGUCCCUUGGGGGAGGCAUGAGCACGUCCCAAAAACGUGUUUGACACACGCAAACACACACAGCUACUGACUCGCAAAGAAGGUUGAAAGCACAAUACGUUUCUGUCUAUGGCUCUAUUACAAAUUAAGCGCCCACUUCAAAACUGAAGCUAUUACUCAAUUUGGUUUGUGAAUGAAAAUAAAAUGACCCUGAUCUCACUGUCAGUGGUUUUAUUCAGCUUAUUGUGAAAAUCAUGUCUGAAUAAUACUGUAAAAUUUGUUUUAAAGCUAGUUUUGUGAAUUGGCAUGUAAACUGAGCUGUGGGACACCGGUAGCCCUCUCUCUCUCUCUCUCUCUCUCUCUCUCUCUCUUACAAUUAUGAGAUAAUGAAAAAUAAUUCCUCUUUAAUUAAAAUGUCCCUUUACUGUAUUUUGUGCAGUCAGGGAUUUUAAAAUAAAUGUGAUGAUCAGAGACCUGGCUACCAUCCAUUUAUAGAACCUGUAUUUAUGCUCUUCUAAAGUGUGCCUGGAUAAGAAUCACGCAUGUUCAAAUGCAAUUAGAAGUUAAGUUGUAAAUUCACAGAAUAAAACAAAUUGUUUUAAAUUGAAUAUGUUUUUCUAUAAAGACAGAUUCCUUUAUUCUUAACAAGCUCUAGAUUUGGACCAUUCAUAUAAAUUACAAAAACACUUGGCCUUCUCUUCUUUGUGAGAUUUUGCAACAACAUAAGCUGUGUGAGUUUGGGACGAGCGCUCUGACCGAGGGUUGCCGUGGCUGCCCGCGGCCCGGAGGGUUUGGUUAGGAAGUCAAAACCAUCGGACGCGGGCAGCCACUGUAACCACAGCAACCAACACGGUAGAGAGCAAUGGGGACUGGGGCUGAUGACCGCAGGAGGCUAGCUGGGUACAUCACAAGCCCCGAUCAUGCUCUUUCAUCAACAGGAGAGGGUCAACCUGCCGGCCUCCGCCCUUUGUCCCGCCCUCUGCUGCGUUGGUGGACGCCUGACCUUCCCAGCGCUGCCCGGGGGGAGCAGCCCGGAGCGUUAGGUCAAACUCAGAGGCAAACGGAGGACACACAGGAACACUGUUGUGGUCUUCACAUCGAAAACAUACACUUUCAUAGCACCUUUUCUCAGGAAAAGUGAAAUAACUAUCCUACAGAGUGACACACAUGCUCUUUUUAAAUAUUACAUUCCAGCAAUACUGUAAGUAGAGCCAUAAAGCCAACAUUAAUGUAAAUGUUUGAGUGAAGAAACAAAGCCAUAGUAUGUUUAGGUGGUUUUUCUAUACGGUAGCUUGUGCAUGAUUCUGUUAAAUGAUAAUAAUUAUUGCUACUACCAUUUUACAAGUUGGUGUGAUGAUCACAAGACCAUCUGCUGUCGCUGGGCUUGCAAAAAGUUGCACCCUGCAAGCCCAUAACACACACACACACAUCACACCACACCACACACAGGAGUGCUGAAACCUCAUCAAGGUUCCUUGGAUUGAUAGGAAGAACAAUCACACAAUCAUGUGCAUUUACUUACACAUGCAUAAACAUACAGAUUGAUGAAGUGCCACAGCAAAGUGUGACGCGUCUGCUCUCUGUUUGCCUCUGAGACGGUCAGUGUGCGAAUGUCUCUGCCCCCCUAGCCCAGUGCAUCCCCCCUACUCACCCCUAACACCCCCACACACCCCCACUGGGUCCUCCUUUGGGAGGGGUCCCUGGCUGGAGACCGAGGAUUAUAAAAUGUAAAUGAAGUCGUGUUAACCCUACCCACGCCAUGUGCGUCGUAUAGUGGAGAGUAGUACUGUGGUUUUAAAAACAAAAAACAACAAAAAACUUAAUUUGAAGUGUUCUUUUUGUCCUCCAUUUUUAUUUUACUCAGUUGUUGUUCUCCGUGACCUUUUGGCUGUUUACCGUUUUAAUGUUCCCCGUCCUCCAUGUGGGACUGUUCUGUUCUCAACACCUAAUGAAGUCUCCACACACUGGACAGUGCUUGUGUCUGUUUGCAUCUCAGAGUGCAUAUUGGGAAGCAGACAUCAAGAAAUGAGACAGGAUCUAAAGCGUCGUACACUAACCAAGAGUCACAGGGUAAAUUGGCGAGUCACCAGAUGGUCGACAAAAAAAGAAAGAAGAAAAAUCAAGAUGGUCUAUUUUUCUGAUUAUCUAGGGAAUAAUUGAAAUGGUUAAAAUACUAAGUUUUACAUCUUCUGGUUUUCUUUUUAACUUAGCCUCUUUAUAACCUAACCUAUAGUUAAAGGUAUGUAUUACUACAGACAGAACACUAAUGCUAGCUCGCUUAUAUAUGACUUACUCACAGUGAAGAGUAAAAGAGGUGACUGAAAUACUCAAAGCUGAGACAUAACGCGAGCAUUACAAGAUAUUACGCAUCAUUUAAAACUUCGUAAAUGUUACUCACCUAAUGUAAAUUAACUAAUGUCUGUGUAUGUUGAACUUAACAUGCAUUUACAAAGGACCAGCAGUUGAACUUGAUAUAGUUUGGACCAAAAAUUAUUUUCUUUUUUAUGAUGUCAUUUUUAAGCCAUUUUACUGGUGGUGUAAACUGUAGCCUACACUCUGUAUACACUAUUCAUUGGACACUAUUUACUUAACAAUAUUUUCAAAAAGUCCAUUUACACCUUACUCACAUGAAAUGGCAACCUUGUUUCCCAAAUCACUCUUUUGAAACUAGCUGCUAGUGAAUAAGAGUUUAUGAAGGACACUGCACACAAAUGUAGGGACUGAUUUAUGAAAAGCUGUGUGAUUGACGUGUGUGGAACAAAUUCCUUCAGUUUUAGGAGUCCUUUUGUUAUAGUUACUGGAAUAACUAAUCCAAACUAUACCUACAGCAAAUGUAGAACCUAUUUAGACAAAUGUGUAGUUUGCCCCAGGUAGAGAGAACCAUAAACUCUUCAAACUUUUGCAAAAUAAAUUCUGAAACUCAAUUUUUGUCCCUUGUGAGGGGUGAUGAAACCACAGUUUCUGUUUCAGGAUGAAUAACUCAGCAGCUGUUAAAGAUUAAUGAUUUCGAACGAGAAUUGAAGAAACAAAUUGUCUCAGCCUCUUUUAUUUUUUAUUUUACAGUCGCAGCCCAUUUGAGUGUUGAGAACAGGACGUUUCAUCAUGGACCUUUCCUCUCCCCCAGCCAACCCUUUUUUGUUUCCAUGUCCCGGUAUUUCUUAGUAGAACAUAGGGUUUGGAUGACAGUGAGAAUGUCUGUAGUGACCGUUGAUGAUGUUAUUGUGCAAUCAUCAAUCACAACUGUAAGCGUAGAUGAGGGUGAGUUUCGUUUUAUUAUCUUCCCCUUUACUGUGCUCCUCCCCUCUUCCUGUUCCCUGUCUUCUUAACAUGUCCACCCCUCGUUGUCCCUGUUCACAGUAUUAGGCUGGAUUAUGGGUGUGUGGUAGUAGACACGUACAUGUGGUCGGUGACUCAGUGUUGUCGUGUUAUGAUUAGUUGCUCCUCAUGAUAUCAUCAAGCACGGAGCAGCAUUGAUUGGAUCAGUGGAGGCAAAAGAUGAAAGGGGUGACCCAGGUUCCCGAAAAAUAAGAAAAAUAACCAUUGGUUCUCAUUUCACGCCCUACUCAUUCCUGAAAAAACACUUCUGGAACUUUCCCGUUCUGGGACCUUUGUCCGGAUAUGAACCAAACGGACUGUACUGUAUGUAUUUUCUCUGAUAUCUCGCCACACUUACAAAAGUGUUGAAAGGGGGUAUGUGUUGUUUUAAUACAGUGACUCUCUGCCUACACUCACUUUCUGCCAACUGUGGUUCACUUUUUGUCAAGGACACAGUUCAUUCACUGAAAAUAGUUCAUGUUGGUCAGGGUUGAAAAUACAGUAAGUGCUUGUAACUAUUCAAGCCCCACAAAUCCUUGAAAACUAGCUUCAAUUAGAUCUAGUACCACAGGCUUCAGAAACACAUUUAACAUUUUAAUUGAUGGACCCUUCGCCAAAGUGCCAGUACACACGGCUUUGCAGCCAAGUCAUCGCCUCUCUCUGGUUGACAGACUCUCAGUGUUUGUAGUGAAGCUUGAGCUUGAUUCAUCUCCUCUGCCGUGAUACUUGAGAAAGUGGGCUGAGCAAUCCCCCGUUUCCUCCCCCGCCUCACCCUUGUACACCCCUGGUGUACUUUAGUCUAGACACCCCCAUGUAAAGCAGCAGCAACCUCACUUUUAGGAUACCUUUCACAGGGGAACUUGUCAAAGACGCAGACUAAAAUAACCUAACGUCAAAAGUCAUGCCGUCAUUACCAGAUUAGUUAUUCAGUUUUUUAUUUAUGUAACAGUUUCCAAUGCAAUAUUUCCAAUAUUCCAUUUUUGACAAUCUAAUGAAGAAAUUCCUAUAUUUCUCAACUGAAAGAGCAGUCUUAGCUUUGCUAUCACUAUUAUCCGAGGAGACUGCAUUCCAUUCCUUUGAUUCUCCUGUUACUUCUUACUCCAUAUUAGCUCUAAAUAAAUCCAUCUCCUCCUCCAGAUCUUACAGCUGCUGUUUUGAUUGGAUUAGACUUGAGUUGAAUUAUCGGAGCUGAGAGGAGCAGUAAUGGGAUGACGAAGAAGUGAGCUCGGCUGAUUGGGUCAUUACUUGGCUUAUUAGUCCCAUUUCCAUAACAGACCUCUCAGAGCAGUGUGCCACUUAAAGCCUGGAGGCUCAAUUCAUGGUGUAAUUGCAUCUUCUUCUUUUUUACAAAUUUGUGAGAUAGAAAUAUUAAAAUGGUACUUUCCUUUAAUUGGACAAAAAAUAUGGUUUUACAGAGCAGUCAUCGUAAACAGAUUCAGGUUUAAUUAGACGUGUGGUAGAGCAUUACUGAAGGAUUGUCUAAAAGCACCUUGAACAGCACAACUGCUUCAUCAUAACCUUGACCAAACAAUUGCAACUGCCCCCUCCCCCAUUUUCUAUGUGGCAAUACUGACCCCACGUGGUCAAUGUGAGUAAGAGCACCUAAUGGGACCAUUAUCCUGCUGAUGUACCAGCGUCAUUGUAUGUGGUGGGGAAAACAAAAAAACAGCUAUGCGUCUCAUGCAGUGAAAAACUAACGAGAGCAAAUUGACUGUUAGAUUCAAAAGUCAGUACUUCACUGAUUUUUUUUAUUAUAGCCAUAGUGUGACCCCCUUUGCGGGCGAUGUAUGCUGAGAGUUAUGAGGAGAGGCCUCCACCUGAAAUCAGAAGCAAUUGUUCUGACCUGGUUAGCUGGCACUCAAUCUGUAGAUUAGAAGAGUACUUUCAGACCCCGCCAGUCUCACCCCCUUCACAGAGAUCAGUAACAAACAAAGAUAAGACAUCACCAAUUUUGCUCUGUAUAUGACCAAUCAGAAAAAUGGUCGAUUCCUGUCUAGAGAAAAAAAAAAGCGUUCUUUCUUGUGGUCUUAGCAGGUUUAAUCUAUGCAUGCCUUUUGUAUACAGUGAUUGCUCUUGCCAAACUCUCCCCUACACCUGUACGGAGAGCUAUGGGUGCCAUGUUGCUGGCCAUGGGACUGGUUGAAACCGACUUACUGCAAGAGCAGGUGGGACCAUUAGUGUUUUUAAUCUGGUACAACAAAGCAAAGGAGCUAAUGAUAACUUGCACCUGCAUUCAGAGACACAUUAAAGAAGUGUGCGUCUUACAGAAUAAGCAUUUGUUUACUCGGGAUGAUUGUACUUUUACACAUAUCUAUCCACACAGGGGAUGUGUAAGCUGUAGAUAAAACGAUUGAUAUUCCAAGCAGGAUGGUGGGACUGAUCAAUGCUGUCUGGGGAUAGGAUUAUUAAUGGCAUACUUUCAUUGAUCUAUCUUGAACCUUGCCACUCUCCCAGAAUCCCUCUGGAGAAGGAAGAGGUGUUCACAGCUCUUACAGACCUGGUUGGCACCCAUUCCUAAGUUUCCUCAUUACCUUUUAAGAUGAUGUCCCUCUUUAAAGAACGAGAUGGUGCUAGAUUUCAACUUUUCAACUUUUCCUCCCAGGUCUUAGCUGAUGUAACGCUGUCUUACCUCUUCCACUCUUCAGAGGAAUCUGUCACGAACGUAUAGCUCUGCAUUUGUCGGAACCCUCUAAUAAAAUAUAUAGUCUCUUUCUCAAUUUGGCACGGUAAAACGUUUUCUCUUCCUUCUCUCUUUUCUCUCUUCUGUCUCACUCUGUCUUUUCUCUCUCUAUCAACUUACUUGGCACCGACCUCGUUAAACAUUUCAGAACACUUUUCAUCAAUCACUCCUAGUUUUUAAGCGAAUGCAUAUGUGUUCCCUGUUGACACGGUCGUUACUGACUCCUGAAACCUAGGAAUGGGUGCUGAGCGCUCCAAUUAAAUGCAGAGCUAACAUAAGUAGGCCUACAAGUUGUUCAGCUUGUCACAUUGAACGGUGUCAACUGAUCAAUCAUUAAAGCUAUGACGGCCUCAUAAUAGAAGCUGUAACUCAAAUGUGGACUCUUGUUGCAAGAGCGUGUGACUGUACUGAUUCAUAACAUUUAGAUUUUGCCCUGCGAUGAGUGGAUCCUUGGAUGGGAAGAACAGAAACUGUACAUAUUAGAUCUUUUAGCCAUAUCAUGUCAUCAAAUCUGUAGACCUCUUUGCCAUGUCUGACAGAGGACAAUGACUGUUGAACUGUAAAUAGUGUAGGAAUAGUAAUAUACGAUUUAAUUGCUGCUUCUUUUCUCCAGGGAUCCUCCAUGUUUUGCUCAGUCCCAUGGCUGCUUGGUCUCAAAGGGAAGGAUGAGACAAUAAUGUACUUGUCUAUAAAAAAACAAACAUAUAAGUCCUUUUUUUAUUUUAAUGUUUGUUUUAUAUACUGUCCGUCUUGUAAAUUAACUCCUUUUCGUCAUAAAAGCAUGAUGUGACUCUGUCAAAA